UGAAUACACGCUUCCGCGUCACAAUAUCGAAGCAUAGCGUGUUUGUCCGUUAAUCGACGCUCUCGAUUGACUGCCGUAGUACGAAAAUCGUCACUCAGUUGAUAUACACACGUAUUGUCUGAGUAAUUUUCUCACAGACGCGGUGUUCAUAUUUAUGCCGAGUUGACGGUUCGUUUAUGAUUACAAUCGUUGUAAUAAGAUAAUCAUUAGUGUGUGGAGUUUCUUAGUACAAACACAAAUAUAUAAAUAAUUUGAAAAAAUAUUGUGUACAUCAAGAUGUCUACGAAAUCGAGUAAAAAGACAGUAGCAGCGUCGUCUAGUAUGAGUAGUAAUACUACAAUUCAAUCACCCCAGCCAAGUACAUCGACGCCGAUAGGCCGGCGUCCAGGAAGUCCUUUGAGCCCUACUCGGUAUUCUCGUCUACAAGAAAAACACGACCUACAAAAUCUAAAUGAUCGUCUUGCUUGUUAUAUUGAGAAGGUGCGUCAUCUUGAAACUGAAAACUCACGACUUACGCGGGAGGUUCAGACUUCCCAGGAGAUUGUCACCCGUGAAGUCUCCAAUAUCAAGUCCAUGUAUGAAAAUGAAUUAUCAGAUACCAGAAAACUUCUUGACGAAACAGCUCGAGAAAGAGCUAAGCUUGAAAUUGACACCAAACGUUUGUGGGAUGACAAUGAGGAUCUCAAAGCUAAGUUGGAUAAGAAGACGAAGGAAUUGCACGUUUAUGAACGCAAUUAUAUUUUGUGUGAAACACGCUACAAUGACCUCCAAUCACAGUACAAUCAAGUUCAGUCAGAGAAAAAGAAGCUUCAAGAGCAUGAAAGAGAAUUGGAAAAGGAAAACGAGAAACUCAAAGCCCAAUUAGAUGAUGCUAGAAAGCAUUUAGAGGAAGAAACUCUUCAAAGAAUUGACUUAGAAAAUAAUAUUCAAAGUCUAAAAGAAGAUAUCAGUUUUAAAGAUCAAGUCUUCCAGCAAGAAUUAUCAGAGACUCGUUCAAGACGUCAAGUGGAAAUAUCAGAAAUUGAUGGACGACUUGCUGAACAAUAUGAAGCUAAACUACAACAGUCUCUUCAUGAACUUCGUGAACAAUACGAAGCCCAAAUGAGAGCUAAUCGUGAAGAAAUCGAGCUUCUUUACGAAAAUAAAAUCAAAAACUUGACAUCGCAUGCUCAACGUAAUAAUGGAGCUGCGAAUGCAGCUAUGAAUGAAUUACGUGAAUCGAAACUUCGAAUUGAUACUUUGAAUAAACGAAUAUCAGAUUUGGAAGCAGCUAAUACUGCUAACAAUCAACGUAUUAGAGAUUUGGAGAAUAUUAUUGAAGAUGAACGAUCUAAACAUACAGAAAAUCUGGUUGCUCUUGAGGCAGAGCUUACUCGAAUGCGUAAUGAAAUGACUCAACAAUUGCAAGAAUACCAAGACCUUAUGGACAUUAAAGUUGCUUUGGAUUUGGAGAUAGCAGCUUACCGAAAACUCUUGGAAUCUGAAGAGGCUAGGCUCAAUAUCACUCCCUCACAUGCUUCAAUGGGAUCAACGUCUACAGGAAGAAGUACUCCAUCAAGACAUACUCCAAUUAGAGGUGGAAAACGUAAGAGAACUUUGAUGGAAGAAAGUGAAGAACGUAGUAGCAGUGAUUACAGUGUUGUAGCUUCAACAAAAAGCGACGUUGAAAUUAGUGAAACUGACCCUCAAGGAAGAUAUGUUAAACUUACUAACAAAGGAAAUAAAGAAAUAGCACUCAGUGGAUGGCAAAUUAUUCGGAAAGCAGGCACCCUUGAGACUGUUUUUAAAUUUCAUCGGACUGCGAAACUUGAGCCCGGUUCAAACGUUACUGUUUGGUCUUCAGACAUUGGAGCUACGCACGAGCCACCUUCAAAUCUUGUAAUGAAAGGACAAAAGUGGUUUACUGCAGAUAAUAUGACUACUAGUCUUCUUAAUAAUGAAGGAGAAGAAAUGGCCACGUCUGAACGUAAAAGACAGCAAUUAUCGACUACUAUUUCUCGACAUCGAGAAAGUAUGGGGUUUAGAGCAUCAGAGGAUAUCCACCACCAGCAGAAAAGAUUUUUCUUCCUAUAAUGAGGAGAGGUACAACAUGAUGGGCAGCUUAUGGAGACCCUCUUGGUCAUGAACGCUGUCGCCUUAUGUGAGCCUGAGAUCUGUUGAAUUCAAGAUUUAUUAACAAAAGAGUUUUAAUUAAGCUUAGAAUUAUUAUGCGUUUUAUGCUGCAAAAGUUAUCUAAUCUAAGAGUUAUCAGUAAAGUAAUAUACAACUGUUCCAUUCAUUUAACUCUAUACGACGAUGAGAAAUGAUUAGAACUGAAAUCUCUAAUAUGUAAUUUUUUUUUAAAUUAUAAAAAAACACAAAGAUCAAUUAAUGAAAAAAUUAUGUAGAAUUAAAAAUUGAAGAAUUGCGAUAGCCAAAUUGAGCGUGUUGAUUCUGAACAAUUACAAUUAUUAUUUAUUAGGCAUAAUUUCCUUGUAACAUCGUCAAAAGAUCUUUAUUUAAAUAACAAUUACAAUAUUUAUGUAUAUUAAUUAAUACCUAUAAUUAAUCAUUAACAUUUAAUGCAAAAUGAAUAUGGUUCUUUUUGAAUGAAGAACACUCAAAGUAUAUUUAAAACUAUAUAUUUUUGGGAAUUAAUCACAAAUAUUAUUUUAAGUUCAUCUAAUUGUGCGUCGAAGGUUGUAAUUUGCAUAAUAAAAUAAUGUUUUCAAUAUUAUUUUGACAAUUAGUUAAUUUAUAUAAUAAUAUUUCAAAGCAGAGUAUGCUAUUAACAAAUAUUAUUUAAGAACAAAUUGAGAAAAGUAUCAAUUUCAUCUUGAAAAGCCUUAUAUUUACUAUUGUCUGAUAAAAUUGAUAUCAUAAAAGAAUAAAUAAACCUGUUUCAAAUAAAAACAGUGUUUGUAUUUGGUUAAUAAACAUGUUGAUUAUUAACAAAGUAAACUACAGUAUGAAUAUAAUCUAAUCAAAAGGAGAGUACGAACGUGACACUAUAAAAUCAAAAUUAUAAACUUUUGCGGCUUAAACGCCAUCCAAAAAAAAAAAAUUUAUAUUUAUAUGAAGUGUAAGUAAACUAUAACUAUCCAUUCCCAAUAAAAUUUCUCCAACUAUA